CUAAUAGAAUAUAUUUGGGGUCUAUUCACUAAAUUAAAGAAAAGACGAGGGUGAAUCUUGUGAUUUCCCCUAUUAUUUUCUCUAUAAAUCCUAGAGAAAAGUGUGAAAACCCUCGAGAGAUAUCAGGUUCCUUUUGUUUUGUGAGAUAAGAGCUUUCCUAAACAACUUGGUCGUUGCUUCUAACAUAUCUUAUGGGUUCGAAGCAGUGGACGAGGUAUGAGGACAAACUGUUUGAGAGUCUUCUGUUGGUGUUCCCAGAAAAUACUCCCAAUAGGUUUGAGGCUAUCGCCGAACAUCUUAAUGUACCGCUUGAAGAGGUGAAGCACUACUACAAAGCUUUGGUCCACGAUAUUAACCUUAUCGAAUCGGAUCAAUAUCCUACUACUAAUUAUCCAGAUGGGAUCCCAUCCCAGACCAAACAUAUGGAGAAAGAAAAGAAGAGGGGAAAACCUUGGACAGAAGAGGAACACAGGCUUUUUCUGGAGGGGCUAGAUAAAUAUGGGAAAGGAGAUUGGAAGAAGAUAUCGAGAAAGAGUGUGAAGACAAAGACCCCAAUGCAAGUCGCAAGCCAUGCACAAAAGUAUUUCCUGAGGCAAGAUGCCAAGAAGAAGGCAAAGAAACGCUCCAGUAUCCAUGACAUAACUUUGAUAGAUCAUGCUGCUAACAAUGUAACCGCACCUCGAUCCGACUUGGACUCUACGAUGGGCCAGACACCUUCUGAUCAGCAGGUGCCUCAAGAACAUCAUCAUUCCGACGAAGACUAUUUGAUUGAGAAGAUGUAUACGUAAAUUCCAAACUAUAAAAUCUUUUUUAUUAAUUGGCUUUUGGUUCUUAGUGUUUUUUUUUCUUCUUUUUGUACAUCUAGUUAUUAAACAAUCCAAAUUUGUUUAUAGCCUUUUUUUACUUUUGUCUAACCAGAAUUUUCGAAGGCACACUAGCCUUGUUCAUUCUUGAGUGUGUGCUUAGAAAAUCUUGAUUAAGCGUAGUACUAGUAACACUAACUAAAUGAUCAAUGGUUAUAUUUAGACAAUGUGAAAGGCUCUUAUUGUUGUUGGGGACUAGGACCAAAUUGGCCAUUCACCUUUAGUCAACCAUUUGACUUGCCAAUGAAUUUUUGACCUUGCUUGUUGCUACCUUUGCCUUUCUUAUAAGUUAUAACCUUUCAAAUCUUCAAUUUUCUCGUUUUCUGUACUUAGAGCUCUUGAGUAACAGAAUCUCAUCGUUAUUCCCUUCUAUCGGUCCUUCAACUAUCUCAACGCUGAUGUGAUCAUGAUCAAUCUUUCUUUCUGUAAGGUUUUCAAAAUUUUCGGAUGGAUCCAAAACAAUGAUGGCUAGGUCCUUCCACGUAUUCAAUCCAGUGAUCAAAAUAAUAUUUUUGAAGCAUUAUCAGAAGGAUUUUUAGCUGAUCGGUCUACCUGACCGUUUGUUAGGAUUAACUUCUUCACGCUGAGAUUUCUGACUGUUUAUUGCUAAAUCAUUCGAGGUGGUCAACACAGGCACGGACACCGUUGUUAAUAAAAAGUCCCAUGUGACUAAUCAUGACUAUUGAUAUUAAGUUCUAUCUCAGAAUGCUUUAAACCUAUUGUCUU